AUGAACACGCCGCCGGACUCAGCUGCCAACUCGCUGGUCAACCAAGGGACACAAUACCCCGGCUCAUCAUAUCAACAACCUAGGAUGGGCGACUCACGGCGGUCCUCCGGGUCGCCCCGGGACGGUCCCUCCGCUGCCAGUUCAGCUUCGAGUGCAAUUGCCGUCGCCGCAGACAUCAACGAAGAGGAAAUGUAUGCCGGCUUCCAGCCCGCUGGUAGCUCCGCCUCCGGGCCGAGUCCACCGGCCUCACUCACGGGCUCGGACCCAAGACAGCAGUCACUUGCUGGAACGAGAAUCACGGCGGAGGAUAGUGCCUUCAUCGAUGAGGAUUGGGACCCGGACAUGACCCGCUAUCCGGAGAGCAUGUCGAGCAGUAUCCGCGCGCAUGUCUAUGAGGGGCACCUACGAUACCACGCCUUUCGGGAGGGCAAAUACGCCUUUCCUAACGAUGACGUCGAGCAGAAUCGAGACGAUAUGAAGCAUGCCAUGACGGUGAUGCUAAUGAGGGGUGACUACCAUUACGCACCUGUUGCUGACAGGCUGCGUGACGAUGGGACCGUCUAUGAUCUUGUAUCCGAUAAAUAUCCGACGGCGACCGUUCGUGGUUGCGAUCUUUCGCCUAUACAGCCAAAUUGGCUGCCAGAGAACUGUUACUUUGCCAUCGAUGACUUUGAGGACGAAUGGGUGUACCCGGAAAAUACAUUUGACUACAUCCAUGUUCGACAUACCAUCCACUCGAUAAAAGACAGAAGAACACUUCUGCAACGUAUAUUUCGACAUCUCAAACCCGGCGGCUAUGUCGAAUUUCAAGAACUACAGUAUUCUCCCAAGUGUGAUGAUGACAGUGCGAACGACUCGACACCAUAUGCUUUCCGUGAUUUCAUGGGUUUCCUAGAAGACGGCUUGCGGGCCUUUGGCUCCGACUUGAACUCCAUCGCCGGGCUCGCAAACGAACUUACAGAGGCCGGAUACGACGACGUGAACGAGCGGACGCACAAAUGCCCCAUUGGCGUAUGGCCUCGAGACCGUCGCCUACGAUAUAUCGGUCUGUUCAUGCGAACGGCCAUUCUCGACGGAUUGCCCGGACUUACACGUAAACCCUUUGGACAAGGUCUCGGCUGGACACAAUUGCAAAUCGAGAUGUUUCUCGUCGAUGUUCGAAAGGCGCUCAUGAACCCGAAUUUCCAUACAUACUUCCCGUUCACCGUUGUAUAUGGGCGGAAACCUCUGGCUUAA